GUGCAACAGUUGUAAACCAAGGCAAGCAAGUGCAGUAGAGUUCAAGAGUUGCGUGCAGUUGCGUGAUCUGCAGCCACCCGCACCAAAUCCACCGUUCAACCAGCGAUCCUGGCGCAGCUGUUGGCAGUGCUGCUUCGUAUCUGUAGCGGAGUUUAAAACUCAGCAGCAGGAGUAACAUUUCUUUAAUGAAUUUUGUUUGACAGCCUCUCGCUGUCGGAGCCUCCAGAAUGAUGAAUUGUAUUUCCCUGUGUUUUCUUUGUGGAUUGUACAGUGUUUUUGGAAAAGAUCAAACAGGAAAGUUCAGUGUUCCUCACUUGGAUGUAAGAUCUCGACAGAUGGUUCUGGAAGCCGACCAGACACUUCUGCUCAAUUGCAGGGGCCGAUGGGAGCUGUCAUGGGCGUUCCCAGCAAGCCUGAUCAGAGAUCAGGUGGACGUGGCUGAAUCCCGUUGUGGGAGGACAAUGCAGCAUUACUGCAGCCAGGUGCGAGUCAGCAAGAUUAAAGCCAAACACACCGGCCUGUUCCGCUGCCGGUACAAACACAGGACUGAAAAACAGGCGUCUGUCUACGUUUAUGUUGCAGACAGUCGGCAGCCGUUUGUUGAACGUGCCAGUAAGAGCCUCAAUGUGCUGUACAUGAAGGUGAAGGAGCCUCUCGUCAUCCCCUGCCGGGUCACCAAUCCCAACAUCACCACCACUUUGGUCAAGUCCCAGUUCCUCAGCAAGAGUCUCCCGGCCGACCAGAAGAACAUUGUUUGGAACAGUAGACAAGGCUUCACCAUCCGAGCUCCCACUUACUACGACGUCGGCCUCUUCCACUGUCAGGCCACCGUCAACGGGGUCAGACACCAGUCACAGAAUUACUUUGUGCACAGAACAGUGAGCAACAUCACAAAGGUGAAUCUGAACAGCACAGGUAUAUUCCGAGCCCUGAAGGGGGAAAGACUGGUCUUGAACUGCACCGCAACUGCAGAGCUGAACACCAGAGUCAACAUCACCUGGAACUAUCCUGGGAAGCUGAAUAAUGCCGGCUCCACCUCCAAAAUACUUGUGAGGCACAGAAUGCACGUGCUGUUCUACAGCACCCUGACCAUCCCCAAGCUCCAGCGUUCAGACGGAGGUCUCUACACAUGUCGCGUCACCAGCGGGGAUCAAAGCAAGCAGGAGCAAGUUACAGUCACCAUAUAUGACCGUCCAUUUAUCCGUCUGAAGCCCCGAAAUGGAUCCUUGAUGGUGGUGCAAGCUGGACAAAAAUCUUAUAGAAUUUCUCCCAAAGUACGAGCGUUUCCUGUCCCUGACGUUUUCUGGUUUAAGGAUGGGAAUUUAGCUGCAGAGCACUGCUCCAGAUACCGCAUCAACGGGACUUCCCUGGUCAUAAAGGAUGUUGCAGAAGAGGAUGCAGGAAAGUACACAGUCCUUGUGCAAAUCAAAGAACAUGGGCUGUACCAGAAUCUCACUCUAACCCUCAUGGUCAAUGUGAGUCCUCAAAUAGCAGAGAAAGCUGUGUCAUUGCAAGAUCCGGGCUCUGUGCCGCGGGGGAGCAGGAAAACACUUCGCUGCACCGCCCAUGGAGUUCCUUCUCCACACUUCCAGUGGCUUUGGCAUCCUUGCCCGUCCAAAGGCCUGUGUGUGUGUCCGUCCUCCUCCUCUCUGUGGAGCCCUGUGUCAGAGAGCUUCCCUGCCUCAUCUGCACACAAUCACAUCCUGAGUGUUGCUCAUAGACAGGAAGUGCUUCAGGGGAGGAAAAAGACCGUGGGGGUCCUGACUGUUGCAAAGGCCUUUGUGUCUGGAGUGUAUCGCUGCAUCGCCUCCAACACUGCCGGCUCAGACCACCUAGACAUCCACUUCUUCAUAACAGAUAUCCCAGGAGGAUUCUGUGUCAAGCAGCAGGAGGAGGCUAGAGAGGGCGGAGACCUCCACCUCACCUGUUUGGCAAACAAAUACCUUUACUCUGCGUUGUCAUGGCAACCAGUGAAGGACACGGGGAAAUCCCGCUUCCCGGCUCUGAUUGUUCACCAGCCCACUACGGGUGUUUUCUCCAACUCUCUGGUGCUGUUGCUUAGCAACCUGACAGCGCGAGACUCUGGAACCUACAGAUGCUCCACCCGCCACCUCCUCACCGGGAAGGAGACACACCUGGACACGCGGGUGGUCGUCACAACUCUAGAACCUCCCGUGCUGCUGGGUAAUCUGACGGACUGCACCGUCAAUGUCAGCGCAUCUCUGACCCUCAGCUGUCCGUCUCGAGGCGUCCCACCCCCAACCAUCACUUGGUACAAAGAUGAGCAGCUUCUGCAGCUGGGGUCAGGGAUUGUUAUUGCAAAAGAUGGGAGCCUCCAUAUUGACAGAAUCACGACGGAGGACCAGGGUCUGUAUACGUGCCAGGCCAUCAACGAGAGGGGAUCUGCGGAAACUUCAGCCCAUAUAUGGGUCAGCAGUGUGCCAGAAACCUCAUUUCUGGAAAUGUCCACACUCGUAUGUACCUGUGUGGUGGCCACUCUCUUCUGGCUUCUGCUCACGCUCCUAAUUCGCAAAAUGAAACGGUCCAACAGCUCAAACACCAAACCAGGGUACCUGUCCAUUGUAUUUGACACAGGAGAAGGGCCAUUUGAGGAGCAGUGUGAGAGACUGCAGUACGACCCCCAUCAAUGGGAGUUCCCGCGGGAGCACCUUAAAUUAGGGAAAUCUCUUGGGCGUGGAGCUUUUGGUAAAGUGAUGCAGGCAUCCGCUUUUGGUAUUGACAGUGCCUCCAGCUGCAGGACCGUGGCUGUCAAGAUGCUUAAAGAGGGAGCCACAGCCAGUGAACAGAAGGCUCUGAUGACGGAACUGAAGAUCCUGAACCACAUUGGAAAUCACCUGAAUGUUGUGAACCUCCUGGGGGCUUGCACCAAGCCAGGAGGGCCACUGAUGGUCAUUGUCGAGUACUGUCGCUUUGGAAACCUGUCAGCUUUCCUCAGGAAAAAAAGAGACGUGUACAUACACAACCAGCUCCACGAAAGAGCACAUGAUAGGUCAGGUUUUGGCGGCAGUGUGUCCGGUAACCCAAACUGCACCAAAACAUUGUCUGAGUCAGACUCAAAAGACAUCAGCCAUGAACCAAAGUCAGCCUCCUCUCUCUUCCUAGAGGACCUUAUUUCUUUCAGCUUUCAAGUGGCUCGGGGAAUGGAGUUUCUGGCCUCUCGCAAGUGCAUUCACAGAGAUCUAGCAGCAAGGAACGUGUUACUAUCUGAAAACAAAGUUGUGAAGAUCUGUGAUUUUGGCCUGGCCAGAGAUAUUUACAAAGACCCCGACUACGUCCGCAAGGGAGACGCUCGCCUUCCUCUAAAGUGGAUGUCUCCAGAGUCCAUUUUUGACAAGAUUUUUACCACACAGAGUGACGUGUGGUCUUAUGGUAUACUGCUGUGGGAGAUCUUCUCUUUGGGAGCAUCCCCUUACCCUGGUCUUCACAUGGAUGAGGAUUUCUGCCUACGGCUUAAGAGGGGGACGAGGAUGAGAGCCCCAGAAUACAGCACACCUGAGAUUUACAGCAUAAUGCUAGCAUGUUGGGAGGGUCAUCCUACAGACCGACCAACGUUCACCAACUUGGUGGAGACACUCGGAGACCUGCUACAAGCCAAGGUGCAGCAGCAGAAUGGAAAGGACUACAUUCCUCUGGGAUUCUUCUCGAAUGAAGCAACCCAUCCCAGUGAGGCUUUCACAGAAAACCCUCUUGCUGUAACCAACUUAAGUUACAUGAGGGAUAUGGCCACACUUCAGACUUUUGAGGAAAUGCAUUGUGGGGAACAAGAAAGUCAUGAUGAGGAGCAGAGUGACAGUGGGAUGGUCCUGCCAUCUGAAGAGCUAAAGAGUGUGAUGAAGAGUAACAGCAAGAGCAUGACAGUCAGCAGGUUCUUUACCUUUGCUAAGUGUCGAGACCAUCCGGUGCCCUUCCUGUGUGGGAACAUCCCAGGUCGCCAUGACGACGAGCCCUCCAUCCUGCCUUGUGGCUGGGAGUCAGACGAAGGCUGCUCCCCUGCUCCUGACCACAACUCUGCCUUCAUCUACCCCUCCAGCUUCGAACCCUCUGUAGCUCCUUAAUAAUUUUUAAUUUUUUUUUAUCUUUCUUAGUGCCUUCUACCUCUUUACAUCUGCUAGUUUUUCCUUUUCUUUCACCCGAUGAAAAUGUAAAGAUUCUUCUUUACAUCUGAAACGUAGCUGUACUUUACUGUUGACAAAUUCAGGUAUUGAAUUUUUUUUUCCUUUUCAUUGCUAUCAAUACUGGUUGAGUAUUGACACUAUUACCCUGAAGUAUAAGCUGUAUGUUUUUAUCAUUAGAGCUUCUUGUACUGGUACCUCAUACCCAAAGCUUUGAGGAGAGGAACGCUGCUGUAGGAAAUAACUGUUCCUCUUCCACAGCUAAUUCAUGCUGGAAAAACUUAUAUCCACUCAUAUAUAAUGGUAACUAUCAAUUUCUUUGACCUUAAUUCCUGUAAAUGACAUUUAUUUGUUUCGUGCUAUACUCUUCAAAGCUACAAACUGGUUAAAUAAAGGCUUAGAGCAACUCAGGAUGAUCAAACGGAAUAUAAAAGCCUAUCUUUUAUGAUAUAAAGUUUAAAAACAGCAAAA